UCAAAUAUUUACCGAAUGGAAAUUAUGGUGGACGAAAAAUGAAAAGUUGUGUUUCUCAUACAAUACUGUAUGUUGUUGUCUUUACAACUGCUGUAAACGGAUGUACAUUUGACAGUGGUCUUAUUGGUACAUGGAACAGCAAUGCAUAUGGAACAAUCACCAUAACCAGUAAUACACUAACUUUAGGAGAACAUGCAUUCCAGAUAAACAGUAAAACGUCUACCGAUUGGACAUGCUUUAAUGAUGCUACUUCUCCAUAUAUUAUAUUGCAGUCGGAACUUUUUCAAUAUUUUUCUACAUCAUCCUACGCUUAUAUAUGUAUGAAUAUUCAAGCCGAAAAUUCCAACAGCUAUUAUUUCUAUAUGCACUCACCUAAAAAUAACCAGUUUUCUAACGAACGUAUAAAUGUUUAUGCUGCCACAGCAACGCCUGGGAAUCCUGCUGUAGCAUUGUGUACAGAUACGCCAUCUACCGCGGAAUUCAUUAGCAUGGUGAAAAUAGGUUCUGAAGAAAAUGCUUUGACCGAUUGUCCAUACCCGCUACACAGAAACUUUACCUACAUCUUCAAUGAUGGCAAUGGAGACAAGUGCACUGCAAACAGUUUUAUAUCUGCCUGUCCUGGACAACAAGAGAUGAACUUUGACUAUACGAAGUGUGCUGAGCGUAUUGCAUACUCCUCUGAAGGAAGAAUUGGUUGUGUUGCCACUAUAGAUGAUGGCUCAGGCACUCUAUACACAUCGCUGUAUAAUUAUGAUGCCAGUGUAAAUGGGUUAACUACUUUUAGAUUUACAUGCGCUGCUGUUCAGGGUGUGACGUCAGGAGAUGUACAAGUUAGUUAUGCGAAGAAACGAUGUGAUGCCGAUCAGCCUUACAGCUCUAGACCUCCUGAUGGUGCUCUACUGACACUCACGCCUAACGAAACAACAACAACGACAGAGGAAGCAACAACAACUGAGGAAAUAACAACUGAAAAUGACGAAACAACAACGGAGACAUCUACAACAACAACAGAAUCACCAAUACCCAUUCUAACAACCGAUAGUGUUAAUGUUGGUGCAAUUAUUGGAGGAGUACUAGGAGCCAUAUUAUUUAUAAUUCUUUUGUUGUUACUGGUUCUGUACUGCAUUCAUAGACAUAAGGUUGUUGCUAAGCAACGGGCCAUCAUCGACCGAAGACUUAAGUUGUUCAAGAUAAAACAAGCUCAAGGAUUAGACGAUGAUGACAGGAUUCUUAAUGAACCAUCGUUAGACCCUGAUUUUCCACAUUACUGGGAAGCACCUAAGCAAGAACUUAUACCACCCGUUGAAAAGAAAAGUAUUACAAAGGAUAUGAUGUCACAAACAGAACUUCAGAAAGAACGAAAGAAAAUCAUUCCUCAAUUACCCGAACCUCAAACACCGACGCCAAAAUAUCUCCCGUGGCCGUGGCGAACAGCUAAGAGAGCUUCAAAUAAAUCUGCUUUUCAGUCACAAACAGAUUUGCGAAAAUUUGGACCAAUUCCGGAAACUACCAAAGAAUGUGUAGAUUUGGCUGAUUAUACAGUUUCCAAGUACGGGCUUAGAUAUGAUGAUACUGGUGUUGAUGGUGUAAAUGACAAAAUAUCUAGACCACCAACAAGAUUCAUGCCAAUAUCUAACUCUGAGAGAAAUAUGUCUCGAUCGAGAACAACUAUAUUAUCUAGGUCAGGCUCUGUUGCAUCACUGCACAGAUCACAAUCAUUGUUUGACUUGCAAACUCCAACGCCAAGGAGAAUACAGUUGUCAAGAGCAUCAUCACUGAAAUCCCUAGUUACAGAACGAACACAAACACAUGUGCUUAUGUCGAUAAAGGAAAAGAAAGUUAACUAUAAGAAAGAAAUACCAUCGAUUAUAAAGAAAAACGACACAUCUGUCAGACCUGUGCCUCACUACAUGUUCCCAAUACGAUCCAAUUCAUUGACUAAAUUUGAAAAGGCACAAUUCCAAAAUCCACUUGCACAACCAUUACGUCGGUCAUAUACUCUGUUGAGACCAAUGCCUAAUAGAAACCACAAAGUUGAGAACAUUGAAGUUCGGAAAAAAACAAAGAAGAAGAAAAUGAAUAAGAAAAAGAAGAGUCCAUACACAAUUAUUCCAACUCCUGUGCGACAAAUAACACUCAUUCCGCUUACUCGAAAAAACGUCACGAACAACAAAGUGAGACCAUUGAAAUCAAAGCCGAAAAGCAGACCACCAAAAACCACUGAAACAAAUUUUGUAGUAGAAAGUCCGUCUACUAAAUCACCAAAGACUACUGAAAGUAUAUUUACUCAAAGUCCAGAUACUAUUAUUUCAACUGUCAACACAGAAACAUUACACGACAACACAGAAUAUCAGACAGUUUCUGAAGCAACACAACAUGCUCAUAAUAAUGUAGAGAGAAUAAAGGCAGACAAUUCUGAAUUUCAAGAUUCUGGAAUAUCAGCAGAUGAGUCGUCUCUUGAUAAACAACAAUCGGAAUAUGAACAGAAUACAAGUAUGCAAAAUGGACAAACGUCUACUCACGACUUUAAUCAGAAUAUGACAGUUAGUGAGCAGUUAAAAUUACCAAGUAUUAAUCUACCUCUCAAACAAGAUUCUCCUGUGAGUGAGAAGGAUGUACAACACAAAAAAGAAGUACUAAAAUUACCACUUUUCAAAACUAAGCAUAACACAUCUACACGUCAAUGGCGGUAAAUAGGAAAUUAACCUCUUCACCAAUUUUAGCAGGAACAGAAUGCAGCUAGUUGUGAAUCAGGAUUAUAAAAUUAACUCUAACAUUAAUAAAGUAUAAGUAUUAGCAUAAUUGUACAAGGAUUGAACCAUUAUAUUUAUGUCCCACCUACGAUAGUAGAGGGGCAUUAUGUUUUCUGGUCUGUGCUUCCGUUCGUCCGUUCGUCCGUCCGUCCGUCUGUCUGUUCGUUCGUCCGUAGGUCCCGCUUCAUGUUAAAGUUUUUGGUCAAGGUAGUUUUUGAUGAAGUUGAAGUCCAAUCAAAUUGAAACUUAGUAUACAUGUGCCCUAUGAUAUGGUCUUUCUAAUUUAAAUGCAAAAUUAGAGUUUUGACACCAAUUUUACGGUUCACUGAACAUAGAAAAUGAUAGUGCAAAUUUCAGGUUAAAGUUUUUGAUCAAGGUAGUUUUUGAUAAAGUAGACGUCCAAUCAACUUGAAACUUAGUAUACAUAUUCCCUUUGAUAAGAUCAUUCUAAUUUUAAUGCCACAUUAGAGAAUUUAUUCCAAUUUCACGGUCCACUAAACAUAGAAAAUGAUAGUGCGAGUGGGGCAUCCGUGUACUGUGGACACAUUCUUGUUUAUUUUGUUUUGAUCACAACAGUUAUAUAUUUCAUUUAUCAAAAACGACUGAAAAUAUUUUCAAUUGUAGAUUCAACCAUACUAUUUGAGGAAGUUAAUAUCAAUCUUUA